AUAAUAUCGGAUUAUUCAGUGACAUGAAUUUAACAACUAAUACAUAGGACUGCUUAAAUAACUAUUAAAUACCUAUUGAACAUUUGAAUUCAGAAUAAGAAAAUCGAUUUACGACUCAUAUAAUAUCUGCUUCAACAAAAACAGCCCUAAAUUAUACAAUAAAUUAUUAGAUACCUAGUCAGCUGUUCUAGGGUAUAUUUUUUUACUUUUCGUCACUUAUUAUGGAAACAAUAAAACUCUGAAAACAUACACAAUAUACAUUAGGCAUACAUGUAUAUAGGCAAUAUAUAGCUACAGUUAAAUUAAUUAUAAAUUAUCAUUACACAUUUUAUCUACAGUUAUUUGACUAAUACUUCAUUUAAGUUACUAUAAGCCUUUUCCACUAUGCGCGUAUAUUAAAUUAUGUUUUUGAGAUUAGACAAUCGAAUGUAACGGGAAACUGUACUAAUUGUUAAUCGGAUAUUGAACACUUUACUAAAGUACUUAGCAAUUAAAUACUAUUUACAGGCUUGAUAGUGUAAUUAUUAAAAUAUUAUACUCUGAACAUGGACAUGGGUCACGGUAAUCGAUUUUAUAUAUUAUAAAACCCCCAAUAUUUCAAGUUUACGGUAUCAUUUCAACGUUGACUCAAAAACUAUACUCGAGUAUAUUAUAUACUGUCAAUAUUGAAAUAAUCGUUUGUGAAUUUCAGCUCAAGACAAUUUUCGAAGAUAUUUUUAGAAGAAAAAAUGACCUUCAGGUACGUGAGGCUGAUGGUGUCCGUGAUGGCACUGGCCACACACUUGCUGGCCGCGCCGUCUUCCAGACCGCAGACGCCGACGGUCAAGUCGGCCGAGGACCAGACGGUCCGGGACACGCUACUCGAACUGGUCGCGUCCCUGAUGAUCGGAGGUGUCUCGGCGGGCGGCCGGAAAACGGAAGUGCACCACCACAACGACGGUCACAAGCCGCAACACCACCAGGCUAUUUCCACGCUAAUCCAUCUGCUGUUGACCAUCGGCAGCGCGUUCGCCCCGCUGGUGGGUGCCAUCGUUGGACCGCUGUUGACCAACGUCGCCAACGGGAUAACGUGGGCCAUCUCGCAUACCAUUGCUUCCGGAUUUUCACCUCCACACGGAUUGUUUUCACCGGAACUCGGCCAUGGAACCGAUCACAUCAAAGAACACCUGACGUCUUACGCUGGUGAAGGUCAACCCGAAACGGGGUCCGACGCGAUUCAUCAAGUACAGCAACCCGCGGCCGCCUUGGAACAGUCCGAACCACCAACGGUCGAUGACACCAGAAAUGAAGUGAAGAAAAUAGUAUGACGAUCCGCCGCAGACGAAUAUAUUACAUAUUAUAUAUGAUCACGAGUUCAUAACGACCACGAUUUCUUAUUUUUUUAUAAGUACAUAAUACUAUAGUUUUGUUCGCCGCGAUUGCAGUUUAAUUUAUUUUAUACAUUAUUAUUUAUAUAUUAUUGUCCGUUGAACCCUGUCUAUAGGUAUUCUAUACGACGGAACAAAUACCUAACAAUAAAUUAUUAAUCAUUAUAUAUUUGUACGAAGUGUUCUUAUAGUUAUCCUCUUAACUGCGUUUAGACACUGCAAAAGUUGUUUAUUCGAUCAACUAUUUCACAUUACAAAAC